AACCGCCGCUCGCGCGCCCCGCGAGCCUCACUUGUUGACAGAGUUGGUUUGUAAACAAUAGAAGGAUAGCUUCCCGCGGCAGGGGAGUCGACUAGUUAUUUCCAUCCUCGGUGUACAAGAAGAUGACGACAGUCCAAAGAUCCAAGGGCAGCGCGGGCCAUGGAGGCUUCCACCGCUGGGUGAAACUGUCGACAGAUGACCUGCCACUGAUCAGGCCCCCAAGGCACCAUAUGCUUGCACACAUGACAGGUGGCCUGGUGCACCUCUAUGAUGCGGUCAAGCUCACCAAGAAGGAGGGUGCUGAGGAGUUCAUGACACCAUACCAUGAGGGAGAACAGUGCAAGGAGGACUGCCGGAUUGAUGCAGAAAAAGCUGAGGAGGCAAAAAAUGGCCAUGUAGAUAAUGGUGAAUGUGAGAAUGGACAGGAGGAAGGAGAAAAUAAAGUGGAGAAGGAGGAGAACAAGGUUGAAAAGGAGGAGCAGGAGGAAGACAAGAAAGUAGAAGUGAAGGAAAAGGUGGAGGAGAAGGAGGAGGAGGAGGAGGAGGAGGAAGAGGAGGAGGAGGAGGAGGAGGGGGAGGAGGAGGAGGCAAUGGGAGAGAAGGAGGAUGUAGAAGAAGGAAGCAAGGAAGAAGCAUCUACAACAGACACACCUGAGGACAAGCCAGAGAAGCAGGAGAGUGCGGGUGAGGAAAACAAUGAAGACAAAAAGGAGGAGAACAGCCAAAAUGAGAAGAAAGAUGACGAAGGAGGAGGGAAGGACAAAGCGAAGAGUGAGGCAGACGAGGAAGAGGAGGAAGAGGAAGAGGAAGAAGGUAAGGAGACCCUUUCGAAAGCAGAGCAGUGUGUCCUUGACGGUGAUGAGCUAGGUAAGGAUGCAACAUUGAAGAGUGAAGAUGAUGAUGAUGAUGAUGAUGAUGAUGAUGAUGAUGAUGAUGAUGAUGAUGAUCAUGAUGAUGACGUCGAUAUGGAAGAUGAAGAGACAACACCCUACACGGAUGAAGAAGGAGAGUUUUCUCCUGAGAAAGACAUGCCUCUUCUUGCUGAAAGAUUCAAGUAUACUCAGGUUUUAGCCAGAGGACAGUCAGCCAUCAUCAUUAAGGUUUUGGACACAUUUCACAAGAACCGGCCAUUGGCGAUCAAAGUUUUGCAUCGUGUGUACAAGCCCAUUGGGUCACAAGAGGCUGACAUCCUGCUGGAGUUGCAUCGUGCCGAUCCCUGGCUGCAUGUCCCCUUUGCCAGGCUUCUGAACCAGUUUCUGUAUGGGCCACACUAUUGCCUGGUGUUUGAGUACCUGAGCCCCACACCACUUUAUACCCACUACGACCAGAGGGACAUUCGGGAAGCCUCGGCUCUGCCUCACAUCCGUGAUCUCACUGUCAAGCUUCUCACUGUGCUUGGUUUCCUCUACAAGCAGAAUGUUAUACAUGCUGACUUGAAGCCUGAGAAUAUAUUAUUGAAAAGUGAGGAUGACUUGUCUUCCCUGAUGGUGGUGGAUUUUGGUAAUGCCCUAAGGAACACAGAUGAAGAACUCUCCCUUUAUUACUCAGACUUUGAACUGCAGACACUUCUCUACAGAGCACCAGAAGUCAUAUUUGGGAUGAAGUUCAGUCUUGAGGUGGACAUGUGGAGUCUGGGCUGCCUCCUGGCUGAGUGUUACCUGGGUGAGCCUCUCUUCAUGGGUAAAUCAAAGAAGGAAAUUUUGAGCAAGAUCACUGAAUUAAUGGGACCAUUUCCUCGGGAGUUUAAUGAUGGGGAGUAUGCUGAAGAGUUUGGCGAAUUUAUUGGUCGGCCAAUGUCACGGUAUCAGCGGCUGGAGAACUUACGGAAGAGAUUAAAUGACUGCAAGGAUUCAAUGUUCCUCAUGCUGGUGGAGAGGCUUCUCACCUACUUACCUGAUCGACGGUUUACUCCAUUUGAGGCAGCGUGUCAUCCUUUUGUGGCGUGCUCAACCCCCUUUCUAUACCUCACCCCUUCCCCAGGAUAUAUCAGAUACCCAACAGUAUUGCUGGAUAUGUCCACAUACCCAUAUUUGCCUGGGUUGCCUGAUGAUGAUGAUGAAGAUUCUGCCUCUGCCCAUGGACGGAAGCGACUUGCUCUCUUCUCCCGGCACAAACGACCACAGUCUUCAAACCCUGGGGGGCUAUCACUGAAACAGGGACAGUGUGCUAAUCAUAAGGACAGGGAUGGCAAGGAUGUUUCAGGUGCAGGAGGGAAGACAGCUACACGUUCAGAUGUUAAGGAGACACUUAAAUCAAUGGGACUUAGGUGUGAAGACUUCACAAUUAGUGUAUACUCAAGGGAACAAGCUCAUGCAAUUUUAAAACGACAGGGAGUUGAAGUAACUCCAAAUAAUCUUCAGGGUAGAGAUAAAGUAGCAUUGCUAACCAAUAAAGGCCUGAAAAAUGUAAAAUCUAAUGAACUUCCAAAGUAUAGCUAUAUGAGAACAGGCAACACACGAAAUAUUGGGCAUGAUGAUGAUGAAGAGGAGGAUGAUGAUGAUGACUGUGUCAUUCUUGAUCCUCCUGAUGUGCCUAAACCUGCACCCAAGCUCCCUCAACAAUUCCAACUAAUGGGGACAACAGUACAGGUGAAUCGGGGAGCCAAGAGGCCAAAUCGACCCUUAACCAACCAGCCCCAGGCCAAGAGAUCAAAUGCUCGCCCCAUGAUGUAUUACCGCAACGACCAUGAGCAGGAUAUUGGUCCAGAGGCUUCAGUCCAAGACACGCUUAAAAGGCUAAAGAAUUACAAUAUAUCCAUCACCUGUCGACGCAAUGCUUCAGGAAUGAGGCCACAGGGAGGUAUGAUGGAUAGUGAGUCAGAUAUGGAAAAUGACAGCCAUAUGGACUCUGAUGAUGACGGGGAGGACAUGACCAAAUAUUUAGAAUGCCAAAUUGGGGAAAUUGAGGAAGUUCAAGAUGAAGUAUUUGAUGAAGAUUUUGACAUUGACUGUGAUGACAAGAAUGAUGCUGACUAUAAUCCUCGAGGAAAGAAGAGGAGGCAGCAGAACAAGAAGUCUCCAAGGAAGGGCAAGAGGUUAAGCAGUACAGGAGCAGAUAAUAAAGGAAAUGAAGAUUCUUGUACUAGUGACAUAACUCCCCUUCUUCCCAACGUGGAGAUGGCUGAGCUCAGUGACCAUCAAGCAUCAUCUAAUCAUUCAGGGGAACCAGAACAUGACCCACUUGCUGAAGAAAAUGAAGAUACUAAAGAGUUAAGGGAUAUUUUAGAAAAUGCUAGCCACUUACAGGAGGAUGAAGAGCAAGAAAACAAUCAUAAUACAAACCACGAAAAUGAACGUAAAGAGGCAGACAAAAGCCAUGGAACUGUAAAUGCUGAUGACACAAAUGUAGAAAAAGAUGAUGGGAAGGAAGAAACUGCAGAUACCUUAGGUGAACUUAUAGAAGCAGCAGUAGGUGAAUCAGCAGCUAAUGAUGUCAAUACAGCUGAGGAUGAGGAGGAAGAAGAGAUAGAUGAAGAGUUAGAGAAAGAGCUCCUUAGUGGAAAUCUGGAAGAUGGGGAAGAAGAAGAAAUGGAAGACUUGUAAGGAGGAAGCUUCUCAUGAUAAACUAAACCAAACUGUGGAACUAAGAUCUGAUGUUACUGAGAGAAAUGCAGGCUCAUCUACUGAAAACUGUCCUAAAUUAAUAAUACUUUAGUCCUGUUUAUACAAAAUUUUUUUAUGGAAUACAUGGAUUUUAAAAUCAAGUUGUAAUUCAAAUUGUACAUCAUUAAAUUUUGAAUAUUAAUAUAAUUAAUUUACUGUGAUGCAAUGCAGACAUGGCUACUUCUCAGAAAUCUUGAUGAAUUAAAGACAAAAACCUAAUGGCAAUAGUGAACUUUAUGUAUCCAAAGAGUAACUCAAGCUCUUGUCCGAGUCCCUUGGCAGAACACGCAGCACCUGAGAGUACAAUGCAUGCAGGUUUAGGGGUUGGAGCAAGUGACUUCUCAUGGUGCAGGAAGCUGUUGAUGGUAUUAGUGAACAUGAAACUCACUUUCUCAUGUUAGAACUGUUGACCUCACCAAGCUGUGCUGGUACCAUGUUUAAAGUUUUUUUUCUUGCUUAAUGUACAGGUUUGUACAGUCUGUUUUGUGUUUACAGUUUCACUUCAUUUGAAACUAAAGUUUGGGACAUUGACAAAUACAGUAUGAGUAAUUUAUGUAGGAUCAUUACAAAGCAACAGAUUGUAUUUAUUAAUAUAUUAAACUUUUUAUAUAUGAAUUUUUUUAUGGUAAAUGAGGGAAGACUAUGGCUUGCUUGCUUGAUAUUUUAGAUAUUUUAGAUAAUACUGAAGCUGAAGAUUAACAGUACUACUGUCUUCAUCUUUCAUACAAAUAUUGAUACAGAACAAAA